AGGAAGGAAACAAUUAGUACAGAAUCCUAAUCAGUGGAUUUGUACUCAAUUCUGUUUAUUCUCAAAACAAAAUAGUAGCAUUUAUAUCCAUUUAAGUCAAAACACUAUAAAUAUAGAUAUAUCAUUUUCAUGAUUCUGUUUUAAUUUCAUUUGCUUAAUCAGGUCAAUAAAUUACAAGUCCUAGAAUUUAAGAGAAGAGCACAUCUACUGCAGUUUGUACUCUCUCUCAGAAUAAAAGUUACAGGAAAUCCCCCUUUGCCAGAUUGAGGCUGACAGUUCUAUCACUGUUUUCACAUCUGAAAAUCAUUAAGAGGACAAAACUGUCCACUAAUAGAGACAGACCUGCUCUUCAGCUCUGUUCUAUCCUCUGGAAAUCCUCAAGUUCUUACUUUAUAAAAUGAAAAAAGAAUUUUCACAGUAAGUCCCAUCUUGAGGAUUCAGCUCAGAUUAAACAUUCAUGGCCACUUGGAGAACUGUGCUGAGAUUUAUGCAUAGCCCCUUCUAACUUAGAGUCACAUGCCCUGAACUGCCAUGGGAACAGACAGGGGCGAAUGACAAACUGUGACAACAUGGUUCUCCUGAGCUGAGUCCAGAUUUCUUUUGGUGUUGUGCAGUCCUGUAAGUGAGAGGUUCCGUAUCUUUUUCUUAUUUUCUUUCUGUUGGGUCACUCCCGUUAGUGACAUCCCUAAGUAUUGAUUAGUUGCCACACAGAUAAAGAACAGGGGCUCAGCACAAUUCACCCCUUCAUUGCUUUAUGAUAAAUGAGAACCACUUCUUGCAAAUGAAAGCCACAGGAUUUGUACUGUCUACUGCCCCAAAACUGAGUAAGAUGGGUAGCCUUCAUUAAAGAAAACCAGUUCCUAAAAUUAUCUCAAAAUAUUAACCUCACAAUUAAGGACAUACAGAAUGCAUUCCAAUGAUCAGUGUUUGAUUUAAUGAAUCAUAUUGUUAAAUGACUUGCUGCUAUUUUUUAUUUUUUGCUUUUUUGUGAAGAUUUUAUUUUAUUUAUUUGAGAUAUGGAGUUACAGACAGUGAGAGGGAGAGACAGAGAGAAAGGUCUUCCAUCCGUUGGUUCACUCCCCAAAUGGCCUCAGUGGCUGGAGCUGAGUUGAUCCGAAGCCAGGAGCUAGGAGCCUCCUUCAGGUCUCCCAUGAGGGUGCAGGGGCCCAAGCACUUGGACCUUCUUCUACUGCUUUCCCAGGCCAUAGCAGAGAGCUGGAUUGGAAGUGGAGCAGCCGGGACUUGAACUGGUGUCCAUAUGGGAUGCUGGCACUGUAGGUGGAGGAUUAACCUACUGCGCCACAGCACCAGCCCCAACUGCUAUUUUCUUUACACAUGGUUUUGCACAGAAGAGGCUAGCUUUUCCAGAUGAUGAAGUCAGCAAUUUCUAAGACAGACCAUUCACAGGUUUAUGGUAUUAAGAAGUUGAACUGGGGGCCGGCACUGUGGCGCAAUGGGUUAAUGUCCUGGCCUGAAGCCCGCUGCCCCUCUUCCAAUCCAGCUCUCUGCUGUGGGCUAGGAUAGCAGUAGAAGAUGGCCCAGGUUUCUGGGCCCCUGCACCCAUUUGUGAAACCUGGAAGAAGCUCCUGGCUUCUGAUCAGCGCAGCUCCAGCCAUUGCGGCCAUCUGGGGAGUGGACCAGCGGAUGGAAGACCACUCUCUCUGUCUCUACCUCUCUCUGUGUAACUCUGUCUUUCAAAUAAAUAUAUAACUCUUUUUUAAAAAAGAAAUUGAACUGAUUAAGAAAUACUAUUUUGCUGUGAAUGGGGCUGUAAUUCUUUCUUGGAAGAUAAAAUGAAUAAACACAUUGUCAGUAGUAAAAUAUACCCAUCAAAUACUGUCAUCUCGAUAUUACCCAAACUCUGAAAUGCCCCAUUUUCACAUAUGCACACAAAAAGACAUACUGUGCUAUAUAAAUAAAGGUAGCUGAUGGGAACAUGUAUGGCCACACAUUUUAAGGGUAAAUAUACUUAAGUUUAGUGCUUAUCAUGGAAUAAGCAUCAGAAGUCAAAAGGAAUAAAACCUUAUUUGUUUAACAAUAAUAAACUUGUAUCUAAAAUAUACUAGCCACUAUACUGGUUCUGUCUUGGGAAAAUUAACUUGACACAGAUGGGACACAAACACAUCAACUGAUAGCUAAAGAUAAUAAGAAAAGGUUGAUAAUAAGAAAGAGUUAUACUCAAGAUGCUUCUGGACUCUUAUAAGUUUUUGUCAAUUCUAAAUUCCAAAUUCCAAAUUCCAAACUUCUUUUGUGUCAAUGUAUUCGAAGAAAACUUGAAACUGUGCAGUGCUUACCCAGCCUGUUAGGUGUUAACUUAUAGUCUCAAAUUAUCAAAUUUAUGACAAGACACCAAGUUCCAUCUUCCAGAAGAUAUGGCAUGUGUGGUUUUGAGCCCUUAACUAGGAUGCCUCACAUUAUAAUUACAGUUUAUACCCUGAGAGAUCCUCAUUUCUAGUUUUAAUCCUUGUCUUAGAGAUAUCAUUUAUUGUCUACUGGAAAUCUAUUUAGGAAAUCGUAUUAGUCUACUAAGCACUUCAGAUAAGGUGAUUCCAUGAAGCCUUCCAAGAUUAUCACAAGGAAUUGCUUUCGUAUGCCAUAAAAGAAGAAGAAAUAAGCAGAAUAUGGUUUGCUGAAGGAGGUUACAGUUUUACAGCCCCUCCCACUGCAGCACUUAAGUCACUCAGUUACAGUUAACUUGGAAUUAUCACUCACAGAUUGAAAGCAAAAACAGUCAUCACACACUCUGGGCUUGUGGUGCCACUUGUAUGUGUGUUUCUAAAUCAAUGAUGAGGGUAUCGGAACCAAUACUGGACAUGGACAUGGCAAAUUACAGUGAAGUUUUGGACCCAACUUACACAACUUUGGAGUUUGAAACUAUGCAGAUUCUAUACAAUUCAAAUGAUAGUUCUGCCCCAGAGACAACAAGUAUGAAUACCACAGACAAUGGCGUCAACUGUUUAUGUGCUAUAUGUGGAGACAGAGCAACAGGAAAACAUUACGGGGCAUCGAGCUGUGAUGGGUGCAAGGGCUUCUUCAGACGCAGCAUACGCAAGAGUCACGUGUAUUCCUGCAGGUUCAGUCGGCAAUGCGUUGUUGAUAAGGACAAAAGGAAUCAAUGUAGAUAUUGUCGAUUAAGAAAAUGUUUUAGAGCAGGAAUGAAAAAAGAAGCUGUACAAAAUGAACGCGACAGAAUAAGCACCAGAAGAAGUACAUUUGAUGGCAGCAACAUUCCCUCCAUUAACACCCUGGCACAAGCUGAAGUUCGUUCUCGCCAGAUCUCAGUCCCCAGCCCAGGGGCAAGCACUGACAUAAAUGUUAAGAAAAUUGCAGGUAUUGGUGAUGUUUGUGAGUCUAUGAAGCAGCAGCUCUUAGUUCUGGUGGAAUGGGCUAAAUAUAUUCCUGCCUUCUGUGAGUUACCACUGGAUGAUCAGGUGGCACUGUUGAGAGCUCACGCGGGGGAACACUUACUGCUUGGAGCUACAAAGAGAUCCAUGAUGUAUAAAGAUAUAUUGCUUUUGGGAAACAACUAUGUAAUUCACCGCAACAGCUGUGAAGUUGAGAUCAGCCGUGUGGCCAAUCGGGUCCUAGAUGAGCUGGUUCGACCAUUUCAAGAAAUCCAGAUUGAUGACAACGAAUAUGCUUGUUUGAAGGCAAUUGUGUUUUUUGACCCAGAUGCCAAAGGGCUGAGUGACCCAGUGAAAAUUAAGAACAUGCGAUUCCAAGUGCAGAUCAGCUUGGAGGACUAUAUCAAUGAUCGGCAGUAUGAUUCUCGGGGGAGGUUUGGAGAACUGCUGCUGCUUCUGCCCACACUGCAAAGCAUCACCUGGCAAAUGAUUGAGCAAAUACAGUUUGUGAAACUUUUUGGGAUGGUCAAAAUUGACAACCUCCUUCAGGAAAUGUUACUGGGUGGUGCUUCCAAUGAUGGUAGCCAUCUCCAUCACCCAAUGCAUCCACAUUUGUCUCAAGAUCCAUUAACUGGACAAACAAUACUUUUAGGUCCCAUGUCAACCCUGGUUCACACAGACCAGAUCUCAACUCCAGAAACACCACUCCCUUCCCCACCCCAAGGUUCUGGACAAGAACAGUACAAAAUAGCUGCAAACCAAGCGUCCGUCAUCUCACAUCAGCCUCUCUCCAAACAAAAGCAAUUGUGAGGACAUGUUUACUUCGAACGGCACUGCAUAAAUGUGAAAAGUUGGCCUUGAAAUAUCUCAGGAUAGACCUUUUGGCAAACUCUCAGCCAAAACUUUUUCAUGGUGCUGUUGUAAGAUGGUAUCAUUUUCUUGUUUAUAUGCUCCUUUUGUUUGUUAUGCCUACUGUGUAAAACUUCACCUGCAACCAGUGUAUAUUUGAGUUUGAAUAUGUUUAUAUACUGUAUUUUUUUCCAACUGUGCCUGAAACAGUUGAAUCCUAUGUAUUACUUUCAUUUGUUGUCUUAAUAUUAAUUUAAAUCUGUAAAUAAUUGCUUUAUUGUGAUGUGAUACAGAACUAAGUGCUUUUUUUUUAACUGAGAAUAGCAGAUGAGAAAUCCCAGGUUAAUAUAAAAUGAACCAAGUUUUUUUUAUAAAUUAUAAGCUUGCAGAUUAGAAAGGCAAAGCAGUUGCUGUAGAAUAGAAUGUAUUUCUUUGAAGAAGAAUCAUUAUGUGCAUUCGGUGGCCAAGAAGCUUCUCUGGUCCACAGUUACUUGCUUUUCUCAAGGAUGACUGGGUAAUCUAUGAAACUGGACUGUAUUUGAAUGUGUGUAUUCAGAUAGAGCAUGCUCAUUUUAUCAGUUAGGAUACAGCUACCCUGUACCAAAGAAACCUCUAAAACAGUGGCCUCACUGAGAGAAAUGUUUGUUUCUUUUUUGCUGAAACAAUCUAGAAAUAGCCAUCCACUGAGCAGGAAGCAGCACAUGACCACGACUAUCUCCCAGGGGGCCGUGGAGUUGUUGGGUGGAAAGCCUGUGCAGGCUCAGGCUGUACAACUCUGGGAGAAAGGAUAUGGGGAAACCAAUGAGCCAUGUUCCACACGUGUGCCUUGUGUAGUCCUCACAAAAGCCCCAUUAAAGCAGCAUUAUUAUCUCUCUUUUGGAAAUAAAAACAUCUUUGGCUUGGAGGCUUAUGGAUUGUAACCGAACUUCAUAUACCUGAAAAGUAAGAAGCCACAUUCAAAACUCAGGUCUGAUCGACUUUAAUGAAGGUGAUCUUUGGUAUGUGAUGAAAAAUGUGAGGACUUUACUCACACUGCGGUUUUUAAAUAUAUGCAAUUGAGUGAUUGGAUGAAUGCUGUCCGUCAUGUUAUCUGUAAUAUAUCUUUCAAAUAAGUGAUGAGCACAAAAUUGUUGUAGUGUGAAUAUGAACCACCUUUCUACUUAUGACAAAAAUCUUCCCCUCAAAACAUUAAAGAAAAUAAAAAUACACCAAAUAAAUUUUGAUAAAAUAAAUCAAAGCAAAAUCAAAUAACUGACUUAGAAGACUUUCAGAAAUUCAACAACCCGGAAUAUGUGAAAUGACCGGUUCUGGACUGAACACAGCUAACUGGAGCCCUAAGCUCCUUAAUAUCAUCUGAAUCUGGAAUUUAUUUUAAACAAUCAGUAACACUUCACCUCAGGAAGCAGUGGUUCCUCUCUCUCACUAUACUUACUGAAGCAGGGAACAUAAUUAUGAAUGAUGUAAUAAAGAGUAUCUCAAGCUGUAAGAGAUUGAAUUAAAUCAUUUUAGGGCCCUUCAAAAUUUCUAUUAUUAGAAAUAAAAAGAUGUUAACAUUAACUGACUUAUUGGCUGUUAAAAUGAAACUGAACACUUAAAGUGGAAUAAUGAUUACUUAAAAGCUGUCAUUGAUUUAAUACAAUCAAUAGUAUUCCUUCAAGAGCUGGCACUCUUGUGAAACUGUAAAAUAUAUAGGUGAGAUGGAAAAAAUUUUAGCUGUUAAUUUUGGAAAAUUUUCUCUAAUGUCUGUCUCAUGAAUGUCUUUGAUUUUUAUAAAUACAAAUGUCUUCUGUAGGUUUUGUUUACUAUUUUGGGUUCUUCUGUCAGCAGAUAUAAAAUACACUGUUUUAGUCCAUUUGAGCUUUAAUAACAAAAUGCCAUAAACCGCACAUAUGAUAAACAACAUAAAUAUAUUUCUUAUGGUUCUCCUUGUUAAAUAGUCCAAGAUCAAGGCAUGGCAAAUUCAGUGUCUCUUUCAGAGUGGGACCUCCAAGCUAGGUCCUUGCUUGUGGAAGGGGCAGGAGCUCUCUGUGUCCUCUUUUGUAUGGGCACUAAUCCCAUUCACAGGGGCUCUGCCCUCAUGACAUCCCAAAGGCACCACCUGCUAAUGCCGUCACAUUGGCAAUUACGUUUCAACACAGGAACUUUGAACUAGGCAAGCAUUCAGAUCAUAACAAACACCGCUAAAAUGUAAAACACAAAAUUUACUUUUAGUGGAUCUUCUAAUUUAUUACUACACAACUAUGUUUUAGAAAUUAUUAUCAAUGAUUUGGUUUUAAUACCUAUGGUCAGGGGAUUUGUAAUAUAAUAUUUUUAUAUACAGAACUGCCAAAAAUGCUAGACAGGAACUGAUGUUUUCAGCAUAUUUUCAAUAUAUUGAUAAGAAAGUUAUUGCUUUUAUAUAAUACACAACUUUUUUUUCAGGUAACAGAAAUGGAUAAGUUAUUGUGAAAUAAUUCAUUUUAUAAAUGUAAAAUUAUUUUUAUAAAUUUCAUUAUUGAAAAUCAAAAUUAUUAGAUUUUUUAAAUGUUAAAUUAUAAUGAGAUUAAAAUAUUUCUGAACUGUGAUGUUGUUUGAACUUUCUAAAUAAAAACAGAAAAAAACUGAAAUGGGUUGUUUUGUUAGUGUUUAAAAUGGUUUAAUAAUUUUAGAGAUGUUGAUAUUAUCUUUUAUAAAAUUAUUAUCAGUGCCACAAACUUUUGGGUACCAGAGCUCUCAAGUUUCCCAUGAAAUUUUUUGGGGAAAGACAUUAAGUCUUAGUCAUACGUGUAACUUAAAGUAAGCAGUCAUUAUCUUAUAGUCCAGUAACUCAGUACUAUUCGAGACUUUACCAGAUGAACAUGCUUCCAAGUUAAAAAAAAAGUCUCAAAAACCUGAAAGACACUGGUCACGAAUGUUUAGCAAGCAAGAAAGUUAGUGCCAAACCUUGAGAAGGAGACGAAACACAGAAGGGCAGGCUGAACAUGCAAUUCCUUAGAGAGAAUGCUAGGUAUUUUUAAUGUUGGUUUAAAUGUGUCAAUGAUUCACUGAAUUGUCUUUAGUAGGAUGAAACGUGAUUUGAUUUUAUUUUUUAAAAUACAUCACUCUGUUCAUGAAAAGCAAGUCCAGUUGGAGUAGCACUGCAUGAGUUCAGAGAGUGACAUUAUUGAGACAGGGAGAAAAGAGAGGCCUGUAAUUUGAUGUUGGAUGAGAAUACCAACACUGGAUGUAUAUUUGGAAGCAGACACGAUACCUUCUUUUUUAAAAAAAAAAUUAAGAUUUUUAUUUUAUUAAUUUGAAAAGCAGAGUUAUGGAGAGAGAGGAAGAGACAGAGAGAGAAACAGAUCUUUCAUCUGCUGGUUCACUCCCCAAAUGGCCACAACAGCUUGUGCUGGGUCUGACUGCAGCCAGAGCCUGGAACUUUGUCCAGGUCUCUCCCAUGAAUUACAUGAAUCGAAACAUUUUAUCCCCUUCUCUUGUCUAACUGCUUUACCUAGGAGCUCCAGUACUAUCCUGAAAAGCAAAAUGAUGAAAGUGGGCAUCCUUGUUUUGUUCCACAUCUUAGAAAGCCUUCAGCUAUUCCUCAUUCAUUAUUAUGUUAUCUGAUGGCUUUGCAACACUUUUUACAUUAAGGUAUGUUAACCUAAUUUGAACGUAUAUCAUGAGGAAUGUUGAAUUUUAUCAAAUGACUUUUCAGUAGCUAUUGAGAUGAUAAUAUCAUUAUUGUCCUUCAUUCUAUUGAUGUACACUUGAUCUUAGCCAAAAGGCCGAGAAGUGAUCAUUCUAUUGAUGUGUUUCACAUUAAUUGAUUUAUAUAAAUCAAACCAUCCUUGUAAUCCUGCAAUGAAUUCCACUGGAUCAUGAUGAAAGAUCUUUUAUUCAUCUAUUUUUAAAUUAUUUUUUAAAAUGUUGAUUUAUUUAUUUUAAAGAGUUAUGGGGGGAAGAGACAGAGAGAAAGAGAGAGAGAGAGAGAGAGAGAGAGACCUUCCAUUCUCUGGUUCACUCCCCAAAAGGCCGCAAGGGUCGGGACUAGGUGAGGCUGAGCCAGGAACUCCAUUUAGGUAUCGCACAUGAGGGCAGGGGCCCAAGCACUUGAGUUAUCUUCUGCUGCUUUCUCAGGUACUUAAGCAGGGAGCUGUGUCAGAAGUAAAGAAGUCGGGAGUAGAACUGGAGCUCAUGUGGGAAACUGGCAUUAUCGGUCACAGCUUAACCUGCUAUGCCACAACUCUAGGCCUUGAGUAUCUUUUCAGUGUGUCAUUGGAUUCAAUUUGUUAAUACUUUGUUGAGGAUUUUUGUGUCUAUGAACAUCAAGGAUAUUGGUUUAUAGCUUUCUUUUUUUUUUUUUUUUUCUGGAUGUAUCUUUGUCUGAUUUUGGCAUGGAAAAAAGGCUGACCUUAUAGUAUGACUUUGGAAGAACUCCAUACUUUUCUAUUUUUUAAAAUUUAAGAAGGAUUCAUAUUAAUUCUUCAAAUGUUUGGUAAAAUUCAGCAGUGAAGUC